AUGUGCUUGAUGUUGUAAAACCAGCCACCUGUGAUUUGACCCGCCCUCUCACAGGUGACACCAUCAGCCAGUUCACGCCGCUGCAGCUUUUCUCUGCAGCUAACCUUCAGAUCUGACUGUAAUGUCUCCUGUUGAUCUCAUUCUGCUGCUCAGGGGUCAGUCACCGAUGCACGUACUCGGCCAUUAUGGAAAAGAGAACGCCGCCGCCAUUUUUGAGUUGUUCCUGGAGUGCAUGCCUGAAUACCCUUUGGACAAACCCGACAAUGAGGGGAACACAGUUCUGCUCCUGGCUUACAUGAAAGGAAACGCAAACCUGUGCCGCGCCAUCGUGAGGGCCGGGGCUCGACUGGGCAUCAACAACAAUCAGGGCAUCAACAUUUUCAACUACCAAGUUGCAACCAAACAGUUGCUCUUCCGCCUUCUAG